UUUCGCCACCGAUAAGGGCCCCCUGGGGGCCGUUACAUUAUGUCCCCGAAAAAGGCUCUUAAGUUACGUCAAAAUUAAUGUUUUUUGACCUAUUUUACCUAUUUUGUGACCUAUACGUCAAAAAGAAGAACCUAAAGCCUAGGGGGCCGUUACAUUACGUCCCCAAUAAGGACAAAAAUAGAGGUUAAAUUUGACCCAUAAAUUAUAUUAUUAAAUUAUUAUUAUAUUCUCAGAGAUAUUGGAGAGUGAGAUUAUAAUGUCACUUUAAAGUUAAAACAAAAUUCAAACACUUUUUUUUUUCAUAAAAUACGUAAUCGUAAAUCAAAAAUUUUACGAAGGGCGCACAGUAUUCGUGAAAAAAUUCUGUUUUUUUUUUUGUCUUGAUUUUUUUUUUCUUGAGUACUUCUUCUCUCCUACGCGAGAAUUGUGUGACGAGGUGCUGCAGAAGUCAGAAGUAGCGUGACUGCGCCUCAGAGACUGCCUCGAGGAGCAGACAUGCAAUUAACCGCGGGCUAUACGCGCCUUAGGGUCUCUCAGAGACUCUCAAUUCGUCCUUUCAUUUAACAACUGAAAAAGAAUGAAAUCCUUUAAAGGAUUCACUCUUCUUUGUAAUGAGAACCAUUUGUUGAAGAGUUGAGAUACUCAUCCUCCCCUAUCGCCCUGCCCCCCCCCCCUCCAAACAUAAAAGCUUCCAUAUGCAUGUCAAGCAUUAUAUGAGCGCGUUACUAUUAAAUACGUCAAACCGCCGUAUGUUUAUUGCAUAUUGGAUACCAAGCGCACUUCGGCUUUCUCACAUGAAAACUCACGAAUAACCGAUCACGAGUUCUUGGGCGAAAUAAUAAUAAUAAUGAAAGAAAAAGAAGAAGAAUUCUCACUUGCCUCAGAUUUUUGUAUAGAGAUUUUUUUUUACAUAUAUAGGUGGUAUGGAAUACCUUCCAAAAAUUUGUAACGUAUUAUCUUUGAUUAAUUUUUCUAUCUCUUUCCCUGAUUUUUUUUUAUGUUCAAUUUUUUAAAAUUGGUUUUAAAACGAUAGUCGGAAUGACAAAUUUUUUUAGCGACGGUUGCGCUGCAUAUAAUUUUACAUAGUGUGAAAGUGUAGAUCCAUGGAACUAUUUUGUUGUGAAGAAUACCAAUUUUUAUGGGACACGAUUGAAGAUGAUUCUGAAGAUAGAGAAAAGAAGAUCGUGACUUGUACGAGAAAAGAGUUUUUGAUUUGCUCAAACGGAUCCUGAUGUAUGAAGGAUGACUUUGGCUUCACAGUAAACUAACAGGUUGUGCAAAAGGGAGAAAAAUGAAGAGAAAAUAUUCGAGAUGAAGGCGAAAGGAAAAUGGUGAUUAAAUAAGGUUGCAAGAGCUUUUUCAAAAGGAGCGUCAGAAGGAAUCUCACCUAUUCGUGUCGAGGGAAUCGAAAUUGCCCCAUCGAUCAACAUCAUAGGAAUCAAUGCCAAUUUUGUCGUUUGAAAAAGUGCCUAAAAAUGGGCAUGCGCAGGGAAGGUAUGUUUCGGCAUAAAAUUGCCGUGCAGAGAGGGCGAGUACCACCCUCGCAGCCAUCACUUCCAGGACUACCGGGUCAAUUUACACUGACGAACGGUGACGCAGUGGCAUGCGCGAGUAUAAACGGACACUCGUACCUGUCGUCCUACAUCAGCCUACUCCUCAGGGCGGAACCAUAUCCAACAUCGAGGUACGGCCAAUGUAUGCAGCCAAACAAUAUUAUGGGAAUAGACAACAUUUGCGAAUUAGCGGCAAGAUUAUUAUUCUCCGCUGUCGAAUGGGCAAGGAAUAUACCAUUUUUCCCAGAUCUCCAAGUAACCGAUCAAGUUGCAUUAUUGAGGUUAGUUUGGAGUGAACUCUUUGUACUGAAUGCAAGUCAAUGUUCAAUGCCAUUACAUGUGGCACCACUACUUGCGGCUGCGGGACUUCAUGCAGCACCAAUGGCCGCUGAUCGUGUCGUUGCCUUUAUGGAUCAUAUCAGGAUCUUUCAGGAGCAAGUGGAGAAACUUAAAGCACUUCAUGUCGAUUCAGCCGAGUACAGCUGUCUCAAGGCCAUCGUCCUCUUCACCACAGAUGCGUGUGGUCUUUCGGACGUGGCCCAUAUUGAAUCACUGCAGGAGAAAUCGCAGUGCGCUCUGGAGGAAUACUGCCGAACGCAAUAUCCAAAUCAGCCGACGAGGUUCGGAAAGUUACUGCUACGAUUACCAUCCUUGAGGACAGUGUCGUCGCAGGUGAUUGAACAACUCUUCUUCGUGAGGCUAGUGGGCAAGACACCGAUAGAGACCCUUAUAAGAGAUAUGCUCCUUAGUGGUAGUAGCUUUAAUUGGCCUUACAUGUCCACAAUGUGACACUCUGUCUGGCGGCAGUUAGCUUCCGCAUAAUAUCACUGUACCUCGAUGCACGGCCCAGCUGCUUUCGGCAUUAGCGAAAUCGGAGGAUCCCACGAGAUUUGAGCCUGUGAUCAUGAAUACUUCAUAUAAAAAAAUACACACCGCAUCACACAUAUUAUUAUCAACGAAUCUCCUCGAGACAAAUAUCGAUCCCUCGUUUCCUCAGAUAUUUAAUUCUCGUUCUGGGGAAAAUUGAUCGUCCACAACUUUUUUUGUUCAAACCUAAUCAAAUUUGUUGGUUUUUUUUCUACAAGAAAUAAAUACUAUUAGGUGACUUCAGCAUUUUUUCACUACCAUUUUUUUUUACUUUACCUAGCAGAGUAUCUUUAGCUAACCUCUAAAUUUUUUAAGGGCGAUUCGCAUUGUCAAAAGUUGUACCCUAUUCUGGAUACUUUUUUAUUUGCAAAUAUUGCAAAAAAGACAAUUUCAAGAUUUUAUUCUCGUUUUUGCAUUGAACGAUCAUGAACUAUAAUUCUAUAGAGCGGUAACUAUGGCAAAGCCUCUGCUACCAAUGGCGCAACUGUCGCUAAAAAAAACGCGGGAAUAUUUAAAAUGCAAUUUCAAAAAAGACUUUCAAUUAACGUUUAAAUAAUUAAUUUCUGUUAAAAUUUUACUAAAGCGCAAAAAUCUUAAAAAUUAGUAACUGAAUAAAAGAAAUAUCCAACUUUUAUCUUUUUAUCCAAUAUGCAACUAACGUCUAAUUAUUCGAUUGGGUGAAUUGCAAAUCUUUUUUUUUCUAAAUAAACUUCCCUGAUGGUGUAUCGAUUCUGAAAGGGAGGAUCAGAAUAAUUUAAAAUCAAGAUUCAAUUUGGCAAAAAAUUUACAAAAAUUAAAAAAUAUUUUGAUUCUAAUUGUGAAGAUUGGAAAUUGACUAGACUCACUGCUCCUUGCGGGACUUGAAUAAAUAAAACCAGGUGCUUUCUGUGUUACAAGGUACCGUUUUGCUCUCGAGAAAGUUUAAGAGGGCGGAGAUAUGUCUUAAAAGAGUGCAAGAUAAUAAAGUCGUCGUUUAUUCAGAAUCAGAGGCGCCAAGUGGUCCGACAGUCUAAAGAAAACACCGCUGGGCGUAAAACUUGGAACUAGCCGGGCAAAGUGAGUGAGAAAGAGAGAAUAAAGUCCGCGUGAUCGAGGUGUGAAGAAAUCAUAAAUUAGCAUUUAUAAUCAGUUAUCUAGAUAAAUACGUUUAUCCGUAUAUUUCAAAUCAAAUCAUCUAAAAGCACCAGUUUAAAAAAUAUUUCAAAAAACUAUUUUAAAAAAAUUUUUCAUUAAAAUUUUAACUUUUCAAAAAUACAAAAGUCAUCUUCUCUUUUUCUCAUUCAGUGAAUUCGAAACAAAAUCCAAUAGAAAAAUUGCAGAAAAGUGCAAUAAGAAAAUUCUGACUAAAUGUUAUUUUUUUUCCUAAUUACUCUGGUUAUUUUUUUACGAAUAUUAUACGUUAAUGUUUGCUCGUUUCUACGAAAUGUAAAAAAAAGGCGCAAUUAAAAAUGUAAAAAAAAAUUGCGCAAAAAUACUCAAACACUUAUUGUGGAUGCGGCCAGUGUUUACUUCGAGUUACCUGUUGCUUCGUAUUUUUCUUGUAUUAUUUGUACAAAAAUGAUAAAGAAAAAUUUUUUUUUUCAAUGCAAUAUAAUUGAAAAAGAGUCAAGUUUUUUUUUAAAUUUCAAAUCAUUGAAAGAUCCUCGCGAGAGCGCAUUGUUCAUCGAAAAAGUGAUAUUUAUAUGCCAACGUUGUUCUUUUUUUUGUAUAAAAAAAAUGAAGCGACUAUUUUUAUAUUAUUUAUUUUUUAAAUUUCUACUGUUUUUGGAUAAGAAAAAUAUUCUUGUCCUCUUCUAUUUAACAAAGAUUCUUUAUUUUCAUUAUUAGAAAACGAAGAAUCAAUUUGCGACACGAUUACUUAUUUUUAUUAUAUGCGUUAAAUAUUGUGUUUUUGAAAGAAGAAGAAAAAAGUUUAUUCGAAUAUUGAAAAGGCUGCAUCAGUCUUACACUCGACUUCUAAUUUAAGAUCUAACGACGAUGUCAGCGUUAAUUAGUUAUUUAAAAAGAAAAUAUGUCGUCGCUAAAAAAGAAUUAGUCAAGAGAAAAAUUGUUUUAAUAUUGUAAUAUUUGUAUAUGUAUGAAAGUUGAUUGUUUUUUUUUAAAUUAAGCUUUGAAUCAUUAACAAAGAAAAUUGUACCAAGCGAUCGAAGAGAGAGAAAGAGAGGUUAGAACGUUUUCUAUUGGUUCGUAAGAUUUCCGGAAAUAUUACCAACCAAUUAGAAAACUUUCCUUCCGAGCUACCCAACCAUGCGAAACCUAACCUAGAAAAUUUUUAUUCCAAUUUUUCUCACAAAAAUAAAAAUCGAAAUUGACAAUAUUGAAAAAUCAUUUUAUUUUAAGUAGGGAGAGUUUUUCAAUCAUUUCUUGGAACUCUCGAUAAUUUUAUAUAAAACAACAUGUAAACUAGUGACAUUUUAAUUUUUUUCGUAAACAAGGCCCAUAGUUAUACAUUUUAGGACAAUAAUUUUUUAUACUCAUUAGAAAUCUGUUUUUACGCAAUGAAUUUUGUAAUUUUCUUUUUGAAAAGAAAUUUUUUAUCACAGAUUGAAAUAAAAAUGUAUGCGCAUUGCAAAAAAAGAGAAAACGAGACGUUUAGUGUGAAUGAGAAGCAAAAAAAGAUAAAAAAAAUGAAUGAUGAAAAAAAUACUUUGUGAUAUGUGCACGGUCAAAAUUUUUACAAUUUUUUCGAGACGGUGCUUUUUCUACUUUAUAAAUAAUUGUACAAUAAGAACGAAAAAUUCGAACACUUUGUAUAGGGUUAUUUAAUGAUGAUAGAAAUUUGAAAAACACUUAUAUAUAAUAAAUUAUAUAUAAAAAAAAUAUUAAAUGUGGCAAUUUCGAGCUAGUUACUUAGAGAACUUUUUAGGGAUAUAAAAAAAAAUGGGAUCUUUGUAAUGAUUUAAAGCAGCGGUCGUUUCUUACAAAAAAAAAUGCGAAUUAUUAUUGUUAACAAAAAGGAUACCUUCCAACAAAUAUUGCAAAAAUUUUUGCAAAUAAAAAAAUGCUCAGAUUUAACUUUUUAUUUUUUCUCCUCCUUUCGUUUGAAGAGAAUUUUUUUUUUUUUAAUAUUGUUGUCGAAGGAAUCUUUUUGUACGCGAAGACAGUUGCUCAGAAAACUCAAAAAUGUAUUAUAUAUAUAAAAAAACUAAUAUCAAAAAAAGACAUCUGUUGUAAGUAGGUUACAAAGAUACUAUAAAUAGUUAUGUAUAAAGAUGUGAACAUUUUUGUAUAAAAAUUGUAUAUAAUUAAUAUAUAUAAAUGAAUAUAAAUAUAUAAAUAUAUAUAUAAAUUGCAAAAAA